GUGGCACCUCUCUCUCAGGGCCUUGGGGCCUUGGGGCUUCCUUCUCUUGUCACUGCAUAGAUACUGCAUGCACACUUGCUGCUCCUUGGCGCCUUGUCCUGGCCCUGGUCCCGGCCCCCGGGCCCAGCUCCUUGUCCUUGUCGUUCUCGUUCUCGUCCUCACACCCCCCCCCAAGGCCUUCCGUGCUGCACAACUCAUAGCUCGCACUCACACACAGUCCCUCUCUCAGUUGCGCACCCAGGUCCAGGUUCAACCAAUCCUCUUCUACCUUCCUUCUUCCCGUCACUUGAUCCCUCCACCGCCAUCUUCGUUUCGACUCACCCAACCUCCUCCCUCUAUUCCUAUCUCUCCCUACUUCACCAUCGCCAUCCCCUCCCACCAACCUCUCUUCUUUCCCGUUCACAGCGUCCCCUCUUCCCACGUCAAGUCAAGUCCAGUUAUAUUCCUUCCCAGCCAAUUGUUCAAGUCGAUAAGCCGUCGAAACGUCAGACUCGAUCGACCAAGCCCAUCCGACUCUGCCGUUCCCACCAAAGGAAUACUGUGACGUCGGUCCUAUCCGCCAAGUCAUCUCUGUGACUCGCUCAGCAACCAGCUCUCACACUCGGCCUCGGACCGCUGACCUCGACGACCACCGACCCGACCUCGACCUGUCUCGAAGUCAUUUGCACGCCGCCUCUGUGCUGCCUACCACGGCUGCGUGUGCAUCGGCCCCAAGGACACCUCGACCCGGCGCUGUUCUGCCUGUUCCGCCUGCCUUGCAUCACACCACCCCUUGGCGAUAUAUUGGUCACCUCGCACCCCCCCCCAAAUCUACCGCCCAAACCACUGCUUGCGAAUCCGUCUCCGUGAUCCGCACGCCCAGGGGAUAGCUUGUUAGGACGUCGGCUACUGAACGAGGAAGGUUUGAAGAGUCAUCUCUUCGCCUGCCUGUUCCGCACAAUACCCACCCCCGGAUGAUAACGACUUCUGUGGCACCGGUGCUUGGAUAAGUGCCAACAUCUCCCUCAUCCUUUACCCACUCCAUUCCAGGGUCCUCCCAGCACCCGAGGUCCGCUUCCCUUGACGGCAGUGCCGUGCCUCAACGAUUACUCACACCUCGUGUGUCCGGACCUCGUCACCUUCCCACCCCCUCGCGGCCGUCCACGACAACCUCUUCUGGAACACGACCUUUCCGCCGUCGGGACGAUCCUGCUGUAUCUUUGAGGACACAGCAUUAUCAUCCCUCCUCGUCCUCCAUCAUCCACGCCCAGCCACCCAGCCGUCGCUGAACGGACCCUACUACAACAACGUCGCUCUUUAUUUACCAAUACAUCUUUUUCAAUGCACCUUUGACGACCUUCCUUUUGUUACCUCUGCUCUACCGGGCACCGUCGACCGACACAAUCAGCACCAUUCAAGCCAGACUCUUUCCAUUUGUUUUGACCAACCGAAAAUACCCAUCGAUGAGCCUCCGAAGUUGAACGAUCUGGAGUUGCUUUUGUUUUCCACCUCGCGUUCUGUACAUCGCCUUUCGACCACCUUUGCACCUUCCUACCUACUACGACUUUCCGCCUCGAGGCAACCACACCUUCCGCCGCAACCUGUUCUACGCUGUACACAACUGGUAAACUAUUCAUCGUGGAUUACAAAAACUGCUAGGCAACAUCAUCAUUCUUCAUCGACAUAGACUGGCCUUGGGCUCCCGACAAAAGCGUUCCGGGGAUUUUUGUCACCACGCGGCCUUGUUAAUUUGCAAUUUACAUCUCUUCUAAUUUCUGACACUUCUCUUUACGACAAUGGAAUGCUUGCGAGACGAGUUUACCGGCGGCGUCGUCCUGGGUGGACGAUAUGAAACCAUCUCACCCCUCAACCAUGGCUCUUUCGGCAUGGUCUUCAAGGCCAGAGACCUCGUCACUGGCGAUGUUGUGGCUAUCAAGUGCCUGACGAAGAAGGCGGCUGCCGACGAUGCCGGCCUGGAGUUCGCUAUCGACGACAAGUCGGAGGAGCUCACCCUCCACCAGCACCUCGGCAGCCAUCCCAACAUCGUCAGCCUGGUUAACUCCUUCGAGACGGAUGCUCACAUGUAUCUGGUCCUCGAGUUCUGUCAGCAAGGUGACCUUUACGAGGCCAUCCGUGUCGACCAGGGACCCCUCGAGACCGAACACGUCCGGCGGUUUAUGCUCGAGCUUGUCGACGCUGUGUCCUACAUCCACUCGAAGGGUGUCUACCACCGCGAUAUCAAGCCGGAGAACAUCUUUCUUGCUAAGGACGGAUCAAUGAAGCUUGGUGACUUUGGCCUGGCCACCACCGAGAAGUGGACAUAUGAGACCGGCGUCGGCAGUGACCGGUACAUGUCCCCAGAGCAGUACGACUCUGCUGGUGCCGGUUACUCUCCUGCUCAGGCCGACAUCUGGGCUAUCGGCGUCUGCCUGCUCAACAUCCUCUUCUCGCGCAACCCUUUCACCACUCCGACUGAGUCCGACCCCCUCUUCUUGGACUUCUCACGUGACAAGCAGUCCCUCUUCGACGUCUUCCCCUCGAUGUCUCAAGAUACCUACGAGGUCAUCGUCGAGUGCAUGAACAUGGACCCGAGCAAGAGGUCUCUGGUUGGCGCUCGCCGCGCGCUAAACCGCGUCUUGAGCUUCACCACCCUCGAAGAGAUCGACGACGAGUUCUGCUCAUCUCGGGCCAACAUCGCCUCGGCCAACCGGGAGCCGCUACGCACACCGUCGAUCCAGAGUCCUAUGGCCGACACGGGUGCAUUCCCUUGGGCCAAGGCACUGCACACUUCCAGUGCUAUGCUUCCAAUCCGCCAGUUGAGCGCCAUCCCGGACGACGAGAGUUACUCCGAGGACCUGUUCUCCAAGUCUGCGGCGACGACCGACUGGUUCUCCGCGCAGACCCCUUCCAUUUCCUCCAUCAUGGACUCCAGCUUCCCCACCUCCAUGCAGUCUCUUCACAUCAACAAGCCGAUGUUGAAGCCGGCUGCACGGGUGUCACCAAUGGCAGGGUCCUUACCAAUCACCAUGUCCAAGCCACGCAAUGUGCCUGCCAUGUCCAUGGUUUUUGGUGACCAGGGUGGCGUUUCCAAGAGCUGGAGCGACCUCUGGGAGGAGGAAGAGGAAGAGCACCAAGAGGAGGAGCGGGCCCGCCAGCUCCGGGCUCUCAAGAGGAUGAACUCUCGGACCUGGAGCGAAGACAGCAAGGACGAGGAUGACACGCCCCGACAGGGCUUGUCUCCCAACGUCAGGUCUUCUGUCAUCAACGCCAAGCCUCGGGUCUCAGCUAUUGAGGACGCCAUCGACAUGGAUGGAGACCUGCCCGACACGUUCUUGUUUCAAGACGUCAGCCCGGUCAAGCCUCAGGACUUCCAGCGUCAGUCGCCUCAGAAGCAAAACUCCAUGGACAAAUGGGCCAAGCUAGGGGAGAAACGCCGUGCGUACACGGGCACUCAGGAGACUAUGCCCAAGCCGGACUUCACCCUGAAGACGGGUCACCAUGGCGGGAGCUUCCUCAGCCAGGGUCUCUUCAGCGUUGAUGGUGCUUCACAUCACAACAAUUUCACGCUCGCCAACCAUCACAACCAUGCGGCGAACAACAAGCAUCAGACUCGGGAACGGGUCAAGGAAUGUCCUUGGAGCAAGAACAAAGGACGGGAUUUCAAUUGGAAUUGGCGCUCUGAGAGGCGCCUAGAGUGGGUUGGCGCUAGCCCGGCAUAGCCGGCUUUCACCACUUGUAGUUGGGUUAUCACUUGUCUUUUCCUCAUUCUGUUGUCCCCAGCCAACGCAACGGUUGGUCUAGCAUGCUGCUUGGUCUCUCUCCUUUCAUUUUCCAAAGGUUCGCCUCGGUGUUUGCUGCUCUGGGAAGUUGCAUUUUCUAUUUCGUUUCUCGAGGGUGGAUAGGCUCGUCGUAAACUGCAUCGCGUAUGGGGUUGAGGAUUCAAAUAUUGCUCAGCAUUGGGAGUUUUGGUUUUAUCUUUUUUUUCUUUCACAUAUGUUUUGGUUGGAAAACACCACAAAAACAAGUCAUCCAUGGGAAAGGCGGCGCAGCGGCAAACUCGAGGCACUUUGGAAACUACGGAGCAAGAAGAGACCAGCUCAAACACCAACAAGCAUACUA